AGGGUUUCAAUUGCCGAGUCCAGCAACUUCGGUCGUGACGAGCUCCACAAAUUUCCACAACAGCAAAAUCUCGGCGACGACGUGCGAAGAACGCUUGGCACACAGGCCAGUGCGCGUUUCGGUGCGGGGCAACGUUGCCUGCUGCAGCCAGCUUGUUGCACUGCUACGACAAACGAAUUUAGGGUUUGGAAGAUUUCGAGAUACCAUAAGAGCUUAUGAAUUUCCACCACGGCUCUUGUACAGAAUUGGAGGGUUCUAUAUGGAUUCUUAGACUCAUACUUCUUUGGACGUAAGGCUGUUGAUGCUGCUGAUGUUGCCAAUUCUCGGGAGUCGUGAACCCAAAUUUGAGCCAGGAACCUUGAUUGGUCAACCAAAUCCUGUCAGAGCAUGUGAUUGCCUUCUCGUGAUUGGAGGUGAUCUUCUCUUGUGGGUUGAGGUUUGAGGGCCAAGAUGAAAGAAGAAGCAAGUGGUAGAGGUGGUAGGGCUGGCUUGGGAGGUGAUCUUAAUUCGCCAAGAUGGCUGUGUCAAAUGUGUCGACAUCCUUUUAUUGUCACUGGCGCGGACACUUUUGCCGAACGAUUCGCAGCCGAGUCUGGACGGUCAGGGGUGCAAGCACCAGCGCAUGGAAGUGGAAGCGUUCUUGCAAGCAGCCGGAUGGAUCACUCUUUUGUGGUGUUGCCGAAGCAGGGUGGACUUAAACCAGGAUUUCUGCCUCCUCGUCCUAGGACUGGGGGACUACAUUAUCCAACUCCUGGUGCCAAUCCUCAUCCAAUAGUUAAUACUGGCGACACUCAUGGUGGACGGGCUAUGGAUGAGUCUUUCGUAGUGCUGCCUUCCGCAGCAGCAUCUUUGUACACGUUUGAUCCUCUUGGUGAGGCAGCCGUUGUUCACAUGGGAGGGAUGGGUGGAAGCAACAGCGGUGGCCAGCACACCAGUAAUGCAAGUUUUAAUGCGACUGUUAAUGUCCUCACUCGUGCGUUUGAAAUUGCAUCGAGUCAAACACAGGUAGAGCAGCCUCUAUGUUUGGAGUGCAUGCGUGCAUUAUCAGAAGAGUUAGACAAGCAGAUGGAAGAUGUAAACAAUGACAUCAAGGCUUACCAUACUUGCCUUGAUCGACUUGAGAAAGACUCCGUUGAAGCUCUUAAUGAAGAGGAUUUUCUGAAAGAAAAACUCAAGGCGGAAGAGGAUGAAAGGAGGUUGGAAGCAGCAAUUAGGGACAUUGAACAACAGAAGGAAGAGACAAUGGCUCAAAUCCAUGACGUUGAGCUCAAGACUGAAGACUUUCUAGAGCUUGAAGAGAAGUUCUGGCAUGAUUUCAAUGAUUUUAAGCUGAAUCUGACCGUGCAUCAGGAGGAUAGAGAUGGUAUUUUGGCAAAAAUCGAAGUUGUCCAAUCGCAGCUAGAGCUCUUGAAACGCACCAAUGUACUCAAUGACGCCUUCCAUAUUUGGCAUGAUGGAGAAUUCGGUACUAUAAACAAUUUCCGGUUGGGACGUUUACCUAACGUGCCGGUGGAAUGGGAUGAGAUCAAUGCAGCGUGGGGUCAGGCGUGCUUACUUUUGCAUACGAUGGCUCAAUUCUGCUGCCUCAAUUUCUCCUACCAAAUAAUACCAAUGGGUAGCUACCCCAAGGUUGCAGACAACAAAAAUACUUAUGAGCUGUAUGGACCAGUGAACCUUUUUUGGAGCUCACGGUAUGACAAGGCCAUGACCUUCUUCGUUGCGUGUCUGAAGGAGUUUGCUGAAUUCGCAAAUGCCAAAGACAAGGAAGCUAAUAUUCCACCUGAAAAGUGCUUCAAGCUCCCGUACAAGAUUGAGAAUGAUAAAGUGGAGGAACUCACCAUUACACAGAGUUUCAACCGGCAAGAAAGAUGGACAAAAGCCUUAAAGCUCACUCUUUGUAAUCUAAAGUGGGCUCUGUACUGGCUGAUCGGGACUACUGCAUCCCAACCAGCAUCAUCAAGUGCAUCAACGGGCAUUUCCUCUGGCCCAAGCAGCUCCUCCUCUCGUGGCAAAGUGGGUUGAAUCGAACUGGUUCGACUUGAGCUGCAUGGUCCACAGUCACGCAAUUUGUAACCCGAUUGAUGAACAUCCAUUUGACAGCCUUGUUGCUGUCCAUCCCUAGACAUGGUUAUUAUCCCACAUGUGGCAGUCAGCAACCUCAGCAGUUGAAUAGAGCAGCCAAGGUAGUCACUUUGUCUACGCAUGCUCCAAGUCUCGAAUAAGUAGGUUUUCUUUAGGGCGGAUUGUACAAUAUGUACUUUACUUGUAUGAAAAGGUAGGUGUACUUUUGAAUGCAUACGAGGGAGAAAAUCAUUGUGGGUGCACUCUCAAUGAGCCAAGAAUGAAAAUCUUGAAAACGUUGUACAUGCUGUACAUUUGAAGGUGGAAGACUUGUCCAUCAUUCAGGUGAUGUUAAAAUGUUAACUGUUGCCUUGUGUUGGUCUCAAAAA